AUGAGCAAGGUCUUCGACUUGCGUUCGACCACCAGCACGUUCAACGCGGUCUCCCUGUCGAACAAAGGCACCAUGCCUUCUCAUACUCACUCCGAGCCGACCAUUACUGCGGGCCCUCCUCAUGAGACUGUCAAUGAUGUAGAACUUGCCUUGCGGCCUUCCCUCUCGCGUUCAUCUCUGUCCUCCGCGCAUUCAUCGAAUGUCACAACUACCGACGGUCCGGGUCUCGCUCUCAAACCGGUCGAUAGGGGCUUCGCUGCCUGGUCGUUCCUUGCGGGAGCAUUCGUCGUAGAAACCCUCGUAUGGGGGUUCCCGAACACUUACGGUGUCUUCCUUUCUGUGUACCUAGAAGAUCCCAGGUUUGGAUCACAGCUCCACGCAUCGUCUAUCUUGCCCUUGGUCGGUACUCUCAGUAGCGGCAUCAUCUACUGCUCAAGUCCUUUCUGGAACAUAUACCUGCGUCGCUACCCCAGACAUCGCCGUCCGGCGAUGUGGCUCGGUGCUGUUACUAGCUUUGCAAGUUUGUUCGGUGCGAGCUAUGCGCGCUCGAUCAACGAGCUCGUAGCAUUGCAGGGCGUACUCUAUGCCCUGGGAGCUUCCCUAACCUAUCAGCCAACUAUAUCGUACAUGAGUGAAUGGUUCGUCGAGCGACGCGGUAUGGCGAACGGUAUCAUGUUCGCCGGCGCCUCUCUAGGGGGUCUCUUCCUUCCACUCAUCCUGCCACCUCUCGUUAAGUCCCACGGAUCCCCGGCGACUCUGCGCUACCUAUCGGUGGCUGUGCUGGCCAUCUUGCUCUUCGUCAUACCGUUCAUCAAACCGCGCCUACCUGAGUCUCGUGUUCGUGGUCCUGGAAGACGAGAAGAGAACAAAGAGUACAUGAGAGAUUGGCGCUUGUGGUCACUCGUAUGCAUCAAUACUAUCCAAGGCUUUGCAUACUUUGUACCUAUUGUAUGGCUCCCGACUUUUACUUCAGCGGUCAACUCUUCCACCUCCGUUUCUGCGUUGGCUGUUGCCCUGCUCAAUGGUGCUUCAGUAUUCGGACGUCUUGCCAUGGGAGCCCUAUCUGACAGAGUUUCUCCGUGGCUACUGGCGGCCUUUACACUGUUGCUCUCGUCUAUAUCGACGUUUGCGCUCUGGGGGAUAGCGGGAAGUGCCACUGCUGGCAUUCUUGUCUUCGGUGUCAUUUACGGGCUUGUUGCCGGCGGAUGGUCGUCCCUAUGGAAUGGAUUCGUAAAACCGAUCUCAAAGGGCGACCCUACGACUGCGACAUCAUUAUUUAGCAUCCUCUUGAUGUCCCGUGGAGUCGGCAAUGUCCUUUCCACACCGAUAUCUACAGCGCUGGCGGCCAAUUCCAGUCAAAAGGUCUCCCCGGUACACAUCGGCUUCGAUGUCGAUGGGGCGUCCUCCCUCACUUUGGCCGGCUUUGUGCGCGAGCGCAUGGUAUCCAAGUAA